AUGAAGAAGCAUAUAGAAAUUCAAUCAUUACUGGUUGCUCCCGUAGGCAACUUCAUUCAUGGUGGUUCAUUAUUUGAUCUGCCGAAGUAUAUGAUUUAUACAUCCAAAGGUCCGAUUUUGGCAACCUACUGCGAGCCAUUCGGAAUGAACUUUGGGUGUCGAAUGGCAAAAGGAAACUGUGGAUUCCCAUCCUACCGAAUGUGUCCGGUUAGUCAACGUCACAUUCCGAAUAAAAUCUACAUUGUGGAAUUAGGCGAUGCAACAGUGGUAUCCAGCACCGUGAAUCACUUCUCGCUAUUUGUGAACGGCUUAAAUACCACCUUCACCGACCACCGUUUCCCUGCGACGGGCCAACUCCUGAUCCGCGCUCCCCAUUCAACAGAAGUGAAAAUUGAAAAUCGAGCGGUUCAAGGUCGGCACGAUCAUUUUGAAAAUUAA